GACUGACUGACUGUUCCAGGCUGUUUACAGGAAGUGGUCACAAACCCCACCCACUGCAUUUGGCUAACAGGAGGCAUUGCCCCUUUAGGGACAGAUUCAUAGUAAAGCAUCUGCCCCACCCCAACCAUGGCGGCAGUUGGAGCCCCACCACCCAGAGCCACAGACUGUGUGACGAAGGUGGCUCUCACCAUCUCCUGUGACAAUCUGUUGGACAUGGACGCAUUCUCCAAGUCUGAUCCCAUGUGUGUGCUUCGGAUGAACACCUCAGGUCCUCACUGGUAUGAGAUUUGCCGAACAGAGAAAAUCCAGAACUGCCUUAAUCCCAGGUUUUCCAAGAGUCUUGUACUUGACUAUUACUUUGAAGUGGUGCAGAAACUCAGGUUUGAAGUGUACGAUAUCGACACUGAAAACUGUAGUCUAGAGGAGGCGGACUUUCUAGGACAAAUGGAAUGUACCCUUGGACAGAUCGUGUCCUCGAGUAAGCUAACAAAGCCACUCGUUAGGAGGGACAGGACACCGGCAGGGUCAGGGACCAUCACUAUCUGUGCAGAGGAGCAAACAGACAACAGGGUGGUGGCGUUUGAAGCUGCAGCUAGAAAACUGGACAAAAAGGAUUUUUUUGGCAAGUCGGAUCCUUUUCUGGAAUUCUACAAGCAGACGGAGACGGGAUGGCAGCUGGCUCACAGGACAGAGGUGAUUAAAAACAACCUAAAUCCAACAUGGAAACCGUUCCGAAUCUCAAUGCAGUCACUGUGUGGAGGCGACGUGGAAAAACUUAUAAAGGUAGACUGUUACGACUACAACAACAGUGGCUCUCAUGACUUUAUUGGAUCAUUUCAGACAACACUCAGCCAAAUCCAGCAGGCCACACAGUCAUACGCAGCUGAGUUUGAGUGCAUCAACAGCAAGAAGGGGAAGAAGAAAGGAUACAAAAACUCUGGUGUCAUCAUCAUCAAACAGUGCAAGACAGUGAAGGAGUACACAUUUCUGGAUUACAUAAUGGGCGGCUGUCAGAUCAACUUCACAAUCGCCAUAGAUUUCACAGGCUCCAAUGGAGAUCCCAAGUCGCCUAGGUCCCUCCACUACAUCAACCCUCAGGGCUACAAUGAGUAUCUGGCAGCCAUCUGGGCAGUGGGUAAUGUCAUCCAGGACUAUGACAGUGACAAGAUGUUCCCUGCCUUUGGUUUCGGUGCUCAGAUCCCUCCAACAUGGCAGGUUAGCCACGAGUUUCCCAUCAAUUUCAACCCAGCAAAUCCAUUUUGUGCAGGUGUAGAAGGUGUGGUGUUGGCCUACCAGCAGUGUUUGCCUCAGGUGAAGCUUUAUGGCCCAACGAACUUCGCCCCGAUCAUCAACCACGUGGCUCAUUUUGGCCGACAGGCCUUGCAGCAGCAAACAGCCUCUCAAUACUUUGUCCUGCUCAUCAUCACCGAUGGAGUCAUCACUGACAUGGAUCAGACGCGCAGCGCCAUCGUCAACGCCUCCCGGCUGCCCAUGUCCAUCAUCAUCGUCGGAGUAGGAGGGGCGGACUUCGAGGCCAUGGAGUUCCUGGAUGGAGACGAUGGUACCCUGCGCUCGGCUACAGGCGAAGCGGCCUUGCGGGAUAUCGUGCAGUUUGUGCCGUUCAGGCAGUUCACAAAUGCGGGCUCAGCAGCCCUAGCACAAUGUGUAUUGGCGGAGCUGCCAGACCAAAUGGCCUCCUUCUUCAAUUUAUUUGACCUGAAGCCCCCCAGCGACUCUUGUCCUUCCUAAAUAUUGUCCUCAGGAAGCCCUUGCUCAAAGUGUUUUGGCAGAAGUCCCAGGACAGGUGGCAGGUUUCUUCAAACUGAUGGGUCUGAAGCCGCCCCACAGUGACAGCACUUUGUCUGACCUGCCAUCGGCACCGCCAUCUGAUCCAAUCUGAGGAGCAACCUUCUUCCUCCAAACAUCAGCUCCCUCUGACUCUUAAAUCUUGUUUAAUUCAAAUCUAAUGGCAUUAUCAGUAUGUGACAGAACGCUACCCUGAUGGAUCGCUACAUCUUUGCUUUUUUAUUGUUUAUUUGUUGAUAAUCCACAGAAGUUCUCUUUCUACACAAAUGAACAGCCGCUGCCUUGAUUUUCCCUUCUUUUUUCCCAGGAAUGAGAGAUAUCAGGAUGUUUGAAUCAUUCUUCUGUCCUUGGUACGGGUUUAUGGUGAGAAUCAGUUUCCUCUCCAGGUAUGACACAAAUCUGUCUGUAAAGAUUUCUGCACAGAGCCUCCAGACCGUUUCAGCUCCAUGUUGCUCAUUUUCUCUAAUUCUGAUUUGUUUAAACGUGUGAAAAAAAGUUUUUAUAUGAUUAUUUCUGAUUAUAAUCAGUCACAGUUGCAGGCUGAUCAUGAAAACGGUUUCCUACACCUAUCCUGCAUUAGCGUAGACAGUGAAACUCUAGGAUUAGAAAAGCCUGACAGAUAUACGUCGCAGUGUCACCUAACAUUCAUGGACUCACCCAUCUUGAUUCACAGUGGGGAAGGCUGUUGUUGGCAUAGCGUCCAGGAAACAGCAGAGAACGUCUUGGCUAGUAGACGCUAACUGUUAGCAUUAGCAGCUCCACCACAAAGCAGAUCUCCUCCAGGCUUGUGUUAUUUGUGGAGAUAAAACAUCAACGUUGCAGAGCAAACAGUCAGUGGUAGAGUCCUGUUGCUGUUGACCAAAUGUGUUGGUUAAAGAGUAAACCACAACUAUUGCUUUAAGAUGCUGCAUUUGAGAGCGAUGCUGGAAAUGACGCAGUUUGUCUAUCAGAGUAUAUGUAUUAGCAAAGUUGUUUACUAUUGUUUAAAUAUAUUUUGAGGAGAAGUAGAAGAAAACAGCUCUGAUUCACUCAGAUUUCCACUUUUUCUUAACAUUUCUCCUGAAAUGGGAAGUCACCAUAGAUCAUUUACACAAUGCAUUAUCUAUGUCUUUGUGUAAUCUCAAAUUAACUUAAUUCUUGAUUAUUCCGACUUCAUUCAGAACUUUUUUCUUCACUUUUUCAACCCGUCAGCUUGUUUGUUCCCAUGUUACUGCUGGGCUCGUGAGUGUCGCCUACUUUAAACUCACUAAACUCGGUCAAAAUCAUUUCUAGGAUGACUUGAGGAUUACAGCACAGGCUGUUAUUGAUUUUUACUACUUACGAUUUUUACUUACAAAUUUAAAAACUCUUGUGCUAUUUGUUUACUUCAUAGAUUUAGUUUAAAAUAUCUAAUUUGUCUUAAUCCUGAGAAACACCUCAGGUAAGUAUUGACAGUGCACCACCUUUUCCACAUUGGGUUAUGUCAGCCAUAUUCCCUUAAACCUCUCAGGCUCAAAAUAAGUUUUGAUGAAAGGACGAACGACUAAGUCAUUUAGGGGUACUUCAGAGUUUAAGAAAUGCCCAUUGAAUAUGUAUGUGGAGUAACCAGGUAAGUAGGUUUUAACGUUGCAAAUCAGCAACGCCUGCCUCCAGAGGGUUGCAGUUCUACACACAACACUCUAUAAUUAAAACAUUAAAAAAAUUCUGCUAAUUUAAAGAGAGAGAGGUCGGGUUUAGAUAAGUAUUCACAGCUGCAUUGUUUCCACUGAUCAUCCUUGAGGUGUUUCUGCAGCCUAACUGUCCAUCUGUGGACAAUUCAUCUGAUAAGACAUGAUGAAAUCAAAUGGAUUAUAUGAAAUAUUUAGGGAAAAAGGGGGUUUUCCAUUUAGUAGUAAGUCUAGCAUAAUGAUGUAGAAAACCUGAUGUGCUGUAAUACUUCCUGGAUGCACAGUGUGCAUUUUUAAAUGUGUACAUUUAUUGAGUCAGUAUGUUGUUUACAAUGUAAAAUGUUGCCAUAUGUGCUGAUUUUAUGUUUUUAUCAUUCGAUGCAAGAAACACAGCCUGAAUAACCUAUACCAGAAUCGCCAGUGUGAAGCAAAAUUUUCAUGUAUGUAAUCUUAAUUCAUUACAAAAACUAAUAAAAAUCACAUGAUGUUAUUUUUUGCCAAAUGUAAAAAUAUGGAAAAACUAUAAACUGUUCUGUUCUA